AUGCACAAAAAAAUUGGAAAAAUCAGAAGCUUGUCUUCACAAAAAAUGUGAGUUUUUUAAUAAUAACUUUCCUGAUACAUAUGUAAAUAUUCAUUUUUUCAGACAAAAAAACUCGGAAAUGUUCCCUUCAAUGAAAGUUCAACUGAAACAACACAACACAAGAUUGCGAGAAAAAUCCCCGAAAAGGGGCCGAGCAGAAAAAUUGAAAAAAUCAAGAAACGUAAGUAUUUUGAAUUUUUAUUUCUAAUUCUGAUGAAAUUUUUUUCAGAAAAAUCAAAAAAAGCAAAAUAAAAUGAAGAAAAAAACAAUAAAAUCCCAAAAAAAUAAACCAAAAAGUGAGUUUGUCACACUGUCCCUUUAAUUCUAAUAAAAAAUUUUUUUUUCAGAAAAAAGCUCGGAAAAGUAUAUCUGA